CUUGCCGGACCUGCCGGAUCCGUAUCACUUUAUACUUUAUAUUAUAGUCUUCAUUGUGCGCUAGAGUGAAGAUGAGUUUUUUUAUAGAUCCCCGUUUUGCGUUAUUUUUUAUUUUGUGAUUGUGAUUGUUAAUAAACAUUGAAAAUAUAUAGACGAAUAUUGAAUACCGAUCUACUGGAUAGAUUAGGAUUAGGAAAAUUAAUUCACAUACAAAACAACAUGAACGACUUAACCUAUGAUAUCUCGGCUGAGGACGAGGAAUGGACUAGUCGAGACGAAUCAGAGCACGCCGUUUUCAAUAGAGCUUUUCGCUCACCGUAUAAUGAUUCUCUUCCGAUGAAUCCAGACAGACCAAUAUCUCCCAUUCUAGCAGCAGGAACUAGAAAAUGUUUAAUAAGAAAUUCCUCCAAAGAAUCUCAACAAUCAAGAUUCAGUGAAUCGUUAAAAAAUGUCUCUGGUGAUGAUUUUCUGAACAAGACACUCCCCCCAGAAGAGGAAAGCAACAAUUCAGUUUCCGGUGAAAUUGAAAAAUUUGCACACUCCCAGGCCUCUGAACAUUUUGAUUCCGGAUUUUUCUCGAAUGUAUCUUCGAAUAUUUCUUUCCGCUUUCCGCCGUAUCUCCAACAGUUGAAGUCUAUUUUAGAGGACUCUGAUUUGGACAACAUGACUUCCAAAAUACUUUCGGGCUCACAAUUAAUGACCAUAAUCGAGAAUUUGCGAAAAGGUCCAAUGCCAAAUUUACCCCAGACUGGAAAAUUCAGUGAAACUAUCACGGAUCUCGCAACGAUUUUGGAUAAGUCCUCAAAGCCAAUCACAAUCGAUCAGCUCAAUCUUAUUCUCCACUACACUUUGCAGGCUGAUUAUAAUUACACUUCGGAACAUUCGAGUGAAACUGACAGUUGCUUCCUCAGUUUCAUAGAAAUUUCGGAGCUACUUGAUUUCGAUCCGAGUCAAACUGGAAUCGUGAUGGAAAUCAUCAGACAACUAAUCACCAUUGAAUAUCAAAGAAGAAAAGCGAAUCUAAGUGAAACUUUGCUCUGUUGUCAUGCUUCUUCAACAACCGCGAUACCGAAAACACCGGGAAAUACUUUCGAGCUGAAUGCAGUUGAACAGGGUUCGAAUAGAAUGGAAAAUAAGGAAUAUUUUUCGAUGCCUCUGCCUUCCAGUGAUGAACCGAACAAGGAAAAUAAAUUUCCUCCUUCCUCCGAAUCUUGUCAUUUACCUAGUAUCAAUAAAUAUAUGGACAAAUCCCAGAAGAAAAAGCACGUGGUUACUCCUCGCUUCAAAGGAAAUGAAGAUAAAGAAGAUUUUAUGAAUUCUACCUCGAAAGACGAGGAUACCUUGUUGACUUGGGAGACAAAGUUCAUUUUUGAGGAGCAAACUUCUAAAACGAGUCUGAGAAGAAGUAUGUCGUUGAUUAACAUCUUAAGAGAAGAAUCUGAAACUUUGGAAGAUUUAAAAUUUGUUAAGGGACAUCAUCAAAUCAGCAAAAUCCCAAACCUUGUGCAAAAGACUUCUCGAUUUGCUGCAGUUCAACCACAUCCAGUGAAAAAGAACUUUGGAUUCAAAAAUGAUGUACCGUCCACUUUGGUAACCCAAACAAAAAAAAUCCCGACUCAAGAGAAAAAAAAUUCUUUGCAAAAACUUGACACCAGGGUCAAAAACGCUUCUAGUAAAAUGCCAACGUCGACUAAAAUCCAGCAUAUUAAAGGAAAAAAUUGUACUAAUUGGAAGACACCAUCACCCAACAAAAGUUCCAAAUUUCGAAGAUCUGGUAGUGUCGAUUCGAGUAAUAUUCUUUCAGUUGCAGAGGCAAGGAGACUUUUUUCCCCUAACGCAAGACUACAAGGAGCUCAGGAACAAAAUCUUGUCAUUCCACGAAUUAGAAUAAUAAGUUCUUCUCCAGAAAGGCGUAUGAAUAGGACUCCUAUGGUACUGAACCGCGAGAAAAUUCUUCGGCCCAAAACCCCAAACAAUAUCUUAACAAGGAAACCCUGGAGGUCAUAAUUUUUUGCGUUCAAAUAUUUUUUUUCUUUUUGAAAUUAAAAAUCUAUUUACUGUUAAUAUUUCUUGUAAUUUAAUCUAUAAAUGUAAUAACGGAAGGAGGCAGUUAAAAAAUCCAAUUAUAUCUAUGAAGCAUUGAAAAUGUUUGUAGUUCUUUAAAUAAAUUUCUUAUCUGAAAAUGAAAAAAGGCA